AUGCCCGCACUCGAUACUGUUGGCGACCAGCAUGUCACUCGGAGAGACAAUCUGCUAGUCCUUUUGGCUCGGAAUACGCAAUAUGAUAGCGGUGACAUAGCCUUUAUCGCAAUAUGUGGGAUUUUGGUCUCGUUCAUGGUGCCCGGUGUAGCAUUUCUGUAUUCUGGUCUUUCCAGACGUAAAAGCGCACUGUCUCUUGUGUGGGCAGUAGCGGCCAGCAACGCCGUGGUCAUCUUCCAGUGGUACUUCUGGGGAUACUCUCUUGCAUUUUCGCCCACAGCCACGAACGGUUACAUAGGCAAUCUUCGAAGCUUCGCCUUGCGCAAGGUUUUGAGCGAUCCGAGCCCAGGAUCCCCGCUCAUUCCCGAACUGCUGUAUAGCUUUUACCAGAUGGAGUUCGCGUGCGUAACCGUCGCGAUUCUCAUGGGCGCCCUUGCGGAGAGAGGACGGGUGUUCCCGGCCAUGAUUUUUACCUUCAUCUGGGUGACGCUUGUGUACUGCCCGCUCGCUUGCUGGGGGUGGGCCCAACAUGGAUGGGGGUUCUCUUGGGGCGUUUUGGACUAUGCAGGCGGUGGCCCCGUCGAGAUUGGUAGCGGCGUGUCUGGUCUCGCAUACUCGUGGGUCCUCGGCCGGCGAUCCGAGCGCGAACUUAUGAACUUCCGGCCGCACAAUGUCUCCUUGGUUUGCCUCGGAACCUUCAUGCUCUGGUUUGGCUGGCUAGGUUUCAACGGCGGCAGUGCCUUUGGUGCGAAUCUCCGUGCAGUCCUCGCUAUCUGGAAUUCGAUGAUUGCCGCGGCGAUGAGCGGUACCGUCUGGUGCCUGCUCGAUUACCGUAUCGAACGCAAGUUCUCCAUGGUCGGAUUCUGUUCCGGAACUAUAGCAGGCCUUGUUGCGGCUACGCCUGCGUCUGGAUACAUCCCUCAGUGGGCAGCAUUGAUCAUGGGCAUUGUGGUUGGUGCCGCUGCAAACUACAUGAAAUUUCUAAUGCAAAUUGAUGAUGCACUCGAUUUGUAUGCCGAACACGCCAUAGGCGGGAUUAUCGGCCUCGUAUUCAACGGGCUGUUCGCCGACAGCGAACUUAUCGCACUAGACGGCGUUAACACAUCUGUUCCCGGGGGCUGGUUGGACCACAACUGGAAGCAAUUAUACAUCCAGGUGGCUUACAUUUGCGCUGCUGUGGGAUACUCAUUCGUUAUGACUGCCAUCCUCGCGAAAGCAAUGAACAUGAUUCCUAUGCUCAGUCUGCGGGCUUUGCCCGAAGAGGAAGUACUUGGAAUGGAUGAUGUCCAGGCAAGUACUUGCCGUCAUGUCAGUUUGUUUGCUAACGCAAUCUGGUUGCAGAUCGGAGAGUUCGCCAACGACUAUAUCGAAGUCCGGCGAGACUACACUGAUUGGACACCGGCGUACGCGAGGAAAGCGUCAGACACCGGCUCACAAGCGCCACUUGCAGCUGGAGAUCGGCAUGCACGCCCAGAUUGGGGUCCACACGAUCAUCGGCAUAGCCGCCUCGACGAUACGAGGUACGCGUUUUCGUCUGCUGAUGACGUUUUGUCGAUGAUGCGAAAGGCCGAUAGAAGUGCACAAAAUCCUUACGCCGCAGAGGAUCACCGCGCGCGCUCAGAUGCGUCGAUGCGACAUAGCCAAGAUGGCUCACUUCCUACGAUUGCGGAGAAAGUCCAUAAUCCUAAUGGAUAUUCGCGGCCAUAA